AUGUCUUCAUCACCAGAGCGAUCUGCUGAGUCCGAUGCUCCAACGAGAGAGGAACAAUCAGAGUCUUCGACUUUCACUCUGCAGAUAAUAUCUCCUAAUUCCGGGCCUCUCAGUUUUUCCAACCUGCCUGUAACCACUACUGUCAAGCAACUGAAGGCCAAGAUUCGAGAUGAGCUGCCUUCGAAGCCGGUCGAUGAACACCAACGGAUCAUAUACCGCGGUCGUAUGUUGGCUAUCGAGAACGCAACCAUGACGGAUGUGUUUGGGAAAGAAGCUCUUGCAACUCGAGAGCCUCAGAAUCUGCAUCUGGUACUACGUCAAGCAGCUCCAGAAGCUUCAACCUCACAUAACCCUCCGCAGCCUGCUGUAGCUGCGACUCAAGCCCCUCCAACGAUACCAAACCCACCGCUCGUUCCUCAACUGAUCAAUCGGCCACAAUCAACACCAGCAAUUCCAGGUCCAAACUUGCCGGGAAUGCAAGGCCAACAACCUCUUCCUGGGUUUCAGCAAAUGCAACAAAAUCAAGCACUGCAUCAGAUGGCACAAAUGAACCAUGUCAUGACCCAAAGGCUAGCACAGUUGCAGCAGGAGAGUCAGCGUCUCCACCAGGAAAUGAGCAUCCUCCAAGCUCGAACCCAACCAGCUUUGUUCAACGGUCAGCAAGCUACAUUAGGCCAGAAUCCGAUGGCCCAUCAAGGAUUAUUUCGAACGUCACUUAAUCCUAACAUGGCAGCUCAAACCAUACCUCAGACUCUCCAGAAUCUGAUUAAUCAGCGGCAGCAAGAACGAGCAGGAGAUGGACGUCAUGGAGCUCAGGAUGGCGGCACACAUACUCCUCACAUGCCUCCCCAAUCGGCUUCAGGAAGAGCUUCGCCAAACAUACAUCGGCCUGACCAUACCACCACAUAUACUCGUGAAGGUGUUGGGCCUAACGGAGAAAGAUUCCAUAUUACUGUGAACGAGACAACGACUACGCUUCCUUUGCAGCACCCGCAUCAGCAUCAUCACCAUGCAGGCCCUCAUGCAAAUCCGGCUUUAGAAGUUCAAGCCAUUAUGCGCAAUGCUGAUAGAUUCAUGGCAGCUCAAGGUGCACAAAACAACAUGCAAAGAAGUGCCUCGAAUCCCAUUCCGGCCCAGGCAGGAAAUCCUUCCUCUACUACUUGGCCGGGGGUUGCUCGACCCGGAACUCCAAGCACGAUCCCAACCCCUGCUACGACAAGUAGCUCGCCUUCGGCGUCCACAAUUCUCAUUCCCAAUAUAAAUGCAUCUGCCCAAGCUGGUAAUUCGACGUCUACCUCGUCAAAUUCCAGUGAACCUACAGUCUACAUCCUCUCGUCACCCUACGGGCCACGUGCUCUGUUGGUGAACAAUGGAGAAACCUUUUACACACCUCGUCCAAGUAGACGACAUUCACCAAUUGGUGCUCAAGGUCAAGUCAUCAGAGCGCCAGUUGGUUUACCAGAAUUUCGCAAUCGACCCGCUGGCCGCGAAGGUCGUGAAGGCCGUGCUGCUCGACGGAAUCAGCGUCCAAAUCCAUUACAGCCCGUAAAUGCCGCUCAUGGGAAUCCAGGCGCUGGAGCUCUGGCUGCACAGGUUGGUCCUAUGCUUUGGUUGAUCGUUCGCCUGGUUGGUUUCGUGUGGUUCUUCACUGCUGGUAAUCCCAGUUGGACACGAUGGUUGAUGGUCAGCGGCCUCGCAUUUCUUGUCUUUCUAUUUAACACUGGAAUCUUCAAUGGUGCUGCAGAGCAGUUAUGGGGUCCAAUCAGAAGACAUCUUGAGGGCUUGAUUCCUCUUGGAGCUCCAGUAGUACCUCUUGCACCAAUUGCUGAAGCAGCACAACCAGGUCAAGAUCCCGUGGCAGAUGAUCCAGCAGCACGUCGUAGACGAACCGAGCCCGAUCCUGCCGAGGUCGCUGUAAGACUGCUUCAAGAGAGACGACAAGCUGAUAGAGGCUGGCUCAUGGCACAAUUUCGCAGAGCAGAGCAUUCACUAUUGUUGUUCCUUGCUAGUUUGGUUCCUGGCGUCGGCGAACGACACAUUGCGGCUCGUGAGGCUGAGGCAAAUGCGGCAGAAGCGGAGCGACAACGUCUGAUCCAAGAAGCUGAGGCUGCCAAUGCAGUGGAGAAUACCGAAAACACGGAAGGAAAUGGAGAGGGUACUACAGCUGGCUCGGAACAUACUGGCGAAUCUGGAGAUAAUCAACCAAAUCAACAGGAGAAUGUUGCAGCACCUGCACAACCUCUGAUCGAAGUCUGA